UCGCUUGCCGUCAUCACUGUGCGUUCGGUCCUGGCAUUCCGAUUUGGAACCUAUGCGCCGCUCUCCCGAAAAGCCUUCGGUGGAUCGUUUGCCAUGAUCCCUCAAUUAGUUCGCAGCUACCGUCGUAGCAAUGCCGCGCGACGAACCCAUAAGUCUUGAGCUUUGGGGUACAGUCUUCGGGACGAGAAGCAACAAACGUCGCAUGGCUUGUCGCUGCGAGCGCCGGAUACUUGCACAUUCUCUGCACGGCCCCCAGGGCAGUCGCUGCCGAAUCAAGCUAUAUGCCCUUGCACAAGAAACCACCAUGACGGGCCACUUGAUUGCGCUAUUGCCGACUGAGCUCCUGUUGCGGUUCCGCUGCUGCCAAAGUGCGAGGAAUGGUGCUGCGGGCUGCGCUGUUUUGCAUGUUGAAUGCUAUUUGUUCUCUGAGAAUGUUGGCACUCGAUCUGGACACGAUGGAUGUUCUGUGGACGGAAAGUUGCCGCUGCAGACUGUGUGGCAGACAUUAGAUGCACGAGACUCGAGGCGCUCGGUACGUAAGGCUAACAUGGACAAUAUUAGUCACAUAACCAUCAAAAUGUCUUCCCUCUCUCGUCGCGCCUGCUACAAGUGUGGCAACGUUGGCCACUACGCCGAGGUUUGCUCCUCCGCCGAGCGUCUCUGCUACAACUGUAAGCUCUGCGUUUCCCCAAUGGCCAGAUCAUUCAAACCGCUAACGAAAAAAUACAGGUAAGCAGCCCGGUCACGAGUCCAACGGCUGCCCUCUGCCCCGUACUACCGAGGCCAAGCAGUGCUAUCACUGCCAGGGUCUUGGCCAUGUGCAGGCUGACUGCCCUACUCUGCGCUUGAGCGGUGCCGGCACGAGCGGCCGCUGCUACAACUGCGGACAGCCCGGCCACCUCGCCGUGAG